AUCCUUUGACUCCCGUCUACCAUUUGUUGGCGGUAGAUCAGAGAAACAAAAGCAUUCCGAAAUUUACCAAAAUCCACAAAGACGGUAUUUUUUCCCGCGCCCAGGAGCAUUAGGAAAGCAUUGGAACUUUCCAGGAUUGGCAGGGAAAGCGGGAGAAAGGAGCGCAGAGGUGUACCUGUGAAAGCUACGGAUGUGAAUGAAUAGCCUUCUUGACAGCCACGGUGUUUAUUAAAUUAAAGUUGUUAUUGUACUCUACUUGUUCCAUUACCAAGAGGAUAAUGAAGAAAUCGGGAUAUUCAGGUAUUGCAAGGUCCACCAGUGGGAGGCUGAGGAGGACAGACAGUAAGGGGGAGGGCUCCUCGAUCACCAGUCCCACAUUGAAGCGGUCCUUUGAGGUGGAGGAGGCAGACUCGUCCACACAUCCCUCACCCUUGACCCGUAGGACCACCAACCCCCUCCGCUCGUCCUCCUCCGCUCAGCGGAACUUCCACGACGCCGGCUCCCGCAACUCCGACUACUCCUCUAGGACCUCAUCGUCCGAGUCCUCCAACCCCCGCUCCCCCAAGGCCAGCCUGAGGCGCAUGGAGAUGUCUGGGGGCCGGGCCCCUGACACCACCUCGGCUCGCCGGACCGAGAUGUCCAUCGAGGUGUCCUCCAAGCAAGUGGACAGCUCCCCCAGCCCUGGCAUAGCUCGCUUCGGCCUGAAGAGGCCUGAAGUCCAGAGCCUUGGCAGCCGGGCUUCUCCGGACAGCUUCACCUCCAGCUCCGCACAACGACGGGCGGAGAUUAGCCUCUCCCGCCCCCUUGAGCCACCCGCCCCCCCGAGAAGGUUGGAUUCUCAGCCCACCGCCACCUCCAGGAUCCCUGAGCCCUCCCUGAGAAGGGCUGAAUCCACCUCCCCCAGCCUGAGUCCUGUGGACGUGCCCUCUAGAAAGUCAGAGGUUCCUGUGUUUAGACAGCCUGAGACGGCAGCCCCAGCCAGAGUGGCAGAGAACAACAGCAAUCCCCCCCCGGUGCCCAGUGCCCCCCUGCCCAGCCUGGUAGAACCUAUAGGAGAGAGGACGCUGCCUGCCGUCACAGAGACCCCCAUCACCAGACCCACAGAGAGGUCUGAGGUCAUUCCCAGCUACAGCAGCAGUGCCAUGUCUGAGGUGGCGGUGCCUGAGAUGCCCCCUGCCCUGGCGGGAUGUGGGGACAAGCCUGGCGUGGACUUCAGCUACGUGGGCAUCGAUGCCAUCCUGGAGCAGAUGAGGAGGAAAGCCAUGAAGCAAGGCUUCGAGCUCAACAUCAUGGUCGUGGGUCAAAGUGGCUUGGGGAAGUCUACCUUGAUGAACACGCUGUUCAAGUCCAAGGUGAGCCGAAAGUCUGUGCUGGCCACGUCCCAGGAGAAGAUCCCCAAGACCAUUGAGAUCAAGUCCAUCAGCCAUGACAUAGAAGAGAAGGGGGUGAGGAUGAAGCUGACUGUCAUCGACACACCCGGCUUUGGGGACCAGAUUAAUAACGAGAACUGCUGGCAGCCCAUCAUGAAGUUCAUCAACGACCAGUAUGAGCGCUACCUGCAGGAGGAGAUCAACAUCAACAGGAAGAAGAGGAUCCCAGACUCCAGAGUGCACUGCUGCAUAUACUUCAUCCCACCCACGGGACACUGUUUGAGACCUCUGGAUGUGGAGUUCAUGAGGCGCCUUAGUAAAGUGGUCAACAUAGUUCCUGUCAUUGCCAAGGCAGACACACUCACCCUUGAGGAGAGGGACUUCUUCAAAAAGAAGAUCAGGGAAGAGCUGCGAGCCAACGGGAUCGAUGUGUACCCCCAGAAGGAGUUUGACGAGGAUGUAGAGGACAGGAUGAUCAAUGAGAAGAUCAGAGAGAUGAUCCCAUUCGCUGUGGUGGGGAGCGACCAGGAGUACCAGGUCAAUGGCAGAAGGCUUCUGGGAAGGAAAACAAAAUGGGGCACCAUAGAAGUUGAGAACAUAGCUCACUGUGAGUUUGCUUACCUGCGAGACCUGCUCAUCAGGAGCCACAUGCAGAACAUCAAGGACAUCACCAGCAGCAUCCACUACGAGGUGUAUCGCGUCCGCCGCCUCAACGAGAACAACACGGCCGCCCACGGCCACGCCAACGGCGUGCCAGAGCAUCACCUGACCUCCCACGAGAUGUAGGGCCCCGAGAGCCCCUCCCUCCCCGCCCCCUCAUCUCACCAGCCUUCACUUCCUUCUGAGGGAGCCCCUCCCCCAGAAAACCACAGCCCUAUCACAGGAACGGGAGGGAGGGAGGAAUGCCCACGACAAGCGAAAAGCAGACACGUGGACUGUCGAUGCCCAUGCACACUCUUCCACCUAGAGCUCCAUAGAAAGAACAGGUCUUAGAUGGUCACCAAUAACUACAAAUCCCUAGGUUCCUUUGCCCUCCAGUCUACAUGUGUUUCCAGUUGUUCUCUCUUCUUUGUGUCAGUUUUGGGCAGGACGUGUCAGUUUUGACGGCAGCACGUCCUGUCAAACCGGCCAGGCCUGUGUCUGAUGCACCUAACAAUGAUGGUUGUAUGUUAGAAUAGUUCAGUAAUACUCUCAAACUCAUUGUUAAUGUACUAGCCAGACCCAACACCACUUAGCCAGGCAAUAUGUUUGACCUUCCCUGUGUGACGCACAUGCGUAUUGUUGAAGUCCCACUUUCAUUAGUUAGCCAACAGAUUCUUUUGGACAAUGGAGACACAGUCACACAGCAAUGUUCCAGUCAGAUGAGGGGG